AUGCCAUCGGCUAAGAUUUUCGCUGUGGAUGAAAAUGAAGCCCCAUCGACUCCAUCCAAGUCAUCCAGAGGGUUCCGAUAUUUCAUAUUAUUCUUGACUAUGUGUUGCCUGACCUCAAUAUGCUCGAACGUGCUAGCAUUCAAUGUCACAAUGCUAUGCCGAGACGAUGGGAACAUGACGCACACUGUGACCGACAAGGCGGAGCAAAGUCGAAACUCAAAGCUACUGUGGGCAAUGUCAAUUGGAAGUAUCUUGUCAACGUUCCCGUUUAACUGGCUGUAUGGCCGCUAUGGGGCGAGAUGGGUCUUCUUUACGGCUGGUAAGUUAACAUAUGUUAUCUUUGUGUAGCUCCGAAGCUGUUCCGGAAAGCAAAACAGUCGAGAAAGAGAUCCAGGAGACGCCAAAUCUCGUAUCAAAAGGUAUCACAGGGACGAAAAAAUGCAGCCUCAUUUUUUCGUCCCUGUGAUAUCUUUUGAUAUCAAAAUUCGUGUCUCGUGGAACAACGGUCGGAAGUCCUGGUUCGUUCGAAAAGUUGCUGGAGUAAUUUCGGUGACAUUACAUAUUUCAUGUCGCCGAAAUCACCCCAGCGACUUUGCGAACGGACUUGUAUAUAAUGACGUUUAUUUCGGCUUCUAAAUCCAUUCAUAUCUUUGAUACAACCCCAAUAAGGAACAAAAAACCAAACUAACCCAACAUUUUCAGGUGUGAUCUCUUUCUCAAGUACGGCUCUGGUCCCCGCCGCCAAUGAUCUACACCUAUAUGCAUUUCUAGUGAUCAGAUUCUUCCAGGUAAUCCAUAUUCCCAUAUUUUGCCAAUAUGAAAGUCUCCUGUUUUACAACCUCUACUUUCAGGGCGUAUCAUUUGGAGCCAAUUUCGCGGCCAUUGGAAUGGUCUGUUCGCGAUGGGCAGCACUGGAAGAAAACGGGUUUUUCCUCUCGGCGAUGACCAUUUUCUCCCAAGUUUCGGCCGUCAUCACUAAUCCUAUUUCUGGAGAGGUAAGGAUCCUUUUUACAACUGAUUCCAAUUUUACACUCUGACUCGCUAAAAUAUACCGCUCAAUAUUUUAGCUCUGCGUCUCACCGCUUGGCUGGCGCUCCGUUUAUUACUUCCACGCGGCCGUUGGCCCAAUUCUCUUCGGUCUUUGGAUAUGGCUAUACACCGACUAUCCAGAACACCAUAAGAAAGUUAAUGAUAGUGAGAAGAGAAUAAUCAUGACUGGAAAGCAAAGCAAUGAGAGAAAAUUGGAUGGCUUCUUGCCUUAUAAGGUAAGCCCCGACUAAUAGCAAAGCCCGCCGUAAAAAUUCGUAUCAAUCCUCCCAUUAAUGUUCUCAAACCCGCAUUUUCAGCAAAUUCUCACCAACAAAGUGGUACUGGUCGUUUGGUUCAACGCAUUCGCCGAUAUUAUCUCAUCAAUUUUCUUGCUAACCUACUUCGCGACCUAUCUGAGAGACGUACUCGGAUAUUCGUUGGAAAUUUCGGCUACGCUGAGCAUGUUCCCACCCUUGGCUCAUAUUCCGUCUAAACUAUUUUUUGGUUGGGUUUCCGAUCGGAUAAAGUGAGGGCUCUAGCUCUAUCUGGAGGCUAUCCGCCAGAAAAAAUUGCUACAGUGACGGACCUGAUCCAGCGGCAAAAAAAGUACCAUUUUGCAUCCGGGAAGUAUCAAAAAAUGUAGCAAAAUGCCUCUCUCUCCAAGUGAAAAACUUUCGUUUUGAAGGGCGCGAUUUUGAAAUCGCACUUUUUCACUUGGAGAGAGAGGUAUUUUGCAACAUUUUUUGAUACUUCCUGGGUGCAAAAUAGUACGUUUUUUGCCGCUGGCUCAGGUCCCCCCACUGUACAUGGACAGUCCAAUCUAUAAUUUUUUGCAUAUAAUUUGACGUUCUAAAAACGAAAAUUAGUAGUAAAUCAAAAAUUUUUGACCUUUUGCAAUAUUAUCCAUGGCAAAAAUUAAUAAAUUCUUGCCUUUUCUUUCCCCAAACACUCCAAAUUUUUACCAAAAUCCCUUUUAGAUUCCUCAGUGAAGUGAAUAAGAUGCGGAUAUGCAAUACAAUCGCCCUGAAAGGCUCUGCGAUUCUCUUUAUUGCCGUUGGAUUUAUCCCCAACUCAUGGGCGGCCUGGUCCGUGGCUUGUACCACCUUGAACUACGCGGUAAUUGGAGCAAAUUGUGGGGGUUUUUACAAGUGUGGCUCUCUUGUUUCAAGGUAAACUAGCAAAAAAAUAAUUUUUUAUAUAGCUAAAUGCAAAUUCCAGGCAAUACACGCACUUUAUCAUUGCGAAUAUCCAAUUUCUCAAGUGCGUUUCGUUCUUUUACUCCCCUCUGAUGGUCUACUUGUUUGUUUCGGACCAGUCGGAUCGCGAUCAGUGGAGAAUCAUCUACCUAAUUAUGGCUGGGACCUGCAUUGUGGCCAAUAUUUUGUUCCUAAUCUACGUUACCGAUCGGCCUGGGAACUUCACACAGAUCAAUAAGGCCAAUUCGAAGGAAAAUUGGAAUGCAAAAGGCGAAAAAAUUGUCAAACAGUCCUCAAUUUCGGGCUAA